AUGUUUAACUAUAGGCAACAAACACCUGAAGAAGCGCAUAAUCGCACUUACGAGCGAGGUAUCUGGCUCUUGGCUCAAGAACUUGGCUUUGCCGCUUACACCGAGCUCACGGCCGCUCCUCUUACCUUCCUCGAGCCCCUUGACCUCGCAACGUACCCCACCACCUUUGGGCCCGAGGACGAAGACCCCUUCUAUGUGCUUCGGAAAGAAGCGAAGAAGGUUGACCCCGCCUCGUUCUUCAGAGGCAUCACCACGACAACCGAGACGCAGGCGAUGCUCAAAGCUGCACUGGCGGAGAUGGGACGGUCAGAGACUGCCACCGUCCUUGAGCGGAUUGGGAAGCGUGUAGAACCCCCAUUCAACUUUAGCAAGAUAACUCUCGGGCCCAUGACGGCGCGCGGUAUGCGUGAGCUCCAGAAGCUCCACGAGCGGUUGACCCCCCCUCGAAGUAUCAAGCAGCUGUUUCUUCCUUCUUCGCGCUAUUUCAUAUGCGGGUACGCCUCUGUCCCUCGCGUCACUGUCCCGCCCGUGACUCCUCUCGACGCGAUCGACGCAGUCUUAAAGUUGGACGACCUUGGACCGGCCAUAAAGGAUCUCUAUAAACGGGUGGCCGAACCAGCCGCCCCCAAUGGUCCGGACAAGAUCUGGGCGCGGCGGGGUGGACUCGACAAGGACAUUAUCGAUCCCCGCGCUCUCAAGGUUAGCCCGCCAAUCUUCCCCAUGCGCGCCAACGAGUUCCCCUUUGUCGCCACGUACGAGUACACUGCCCAGCUCAUCGGCUGCUCCACGGCCCUACCAGACGCCGCGCGAGGGGGAAGACCAGCCCCGUCGCUGUUCCUCGACGUCUUCGAGGAGACGGAGGACAUGGACCCCUACUCCUCUGCCGUGCUGGACGAGUUCGACGAGAUCAUGUUCGAGGAGCUGUCGACAACGACGCGUGCGUCUUCAAUGCCAACUCGCCGUCCCGAGUCGAGAUGCUUCACCGCGCACCGUUUCAUCUCGUCACGUUCGCGCGAGCCUCUCUCGGCAUGGAAGCACAUGAGAGAAGGCUCGUACUCCCCUCCCGGUCCCUAUCUCGAGUCCAUGUCCGCCAGCACAUCCGAGUACUACUCCAGCAAGCCCACAUUUGUCAACAACCAUGAGUUCUAUUGGCACGCCAAGGGCGACGGACUCGUCCCCCAACAUCCAACUCUGAACUGCUCCUUCCAGCGAGAGCAACCGGAGCACAGGGACAACUACGAAGCGGGCGACGAAUCGUUCGACUUUGAGGCAUUUGGUUACGAACCAGGAUCCAGUGACUUCAGCUCUGCACCGCAGUGCAUUGAACGCGCCACAACGCAGCCCAACCCCGCCCACAAGCAGCAGGCUCCGCCUUGGAACCGCACCUCGGGCACAGAGUCUCAGUCGUCAACGUCACUCAUCUCGGCUGUUCCUCUUGGCGCCGACUUCGCCCGCCACGACCUUGACUGGACGGCCAUGCUCCAGACUUCCGACGGGUCGAACCAGCUCGCCUCGCCGAUUAAACUGGCCGAGCCGCCCACGCCCGACUCGAACGGAGACCGCUCUGACCCCGAACCUCCUCUGCCCCGCAGCGAGUGGACGGGUCCCUCGAGGCAACUCACGUAUGGCGGACCCCACUUAACGCCGCACCAGUGGCAGGCGACAUACUGGAAGGCUGAUCACAUGUAG